CAAUCAACUUGAUUAACUCAAACUUCAUUUCUGACUUCUUUCACAAGUCACAGGCCUUUCGAUAUUCACGAAAAGAUUUCUUGAGAAACCAUCAAUUCCAUUGUUGAAGAAGAGGUCUUACAAAUAUUAGUGAGGCAAUGCGCCGGAUACUAAAUCAGUCACAGCCCUAGAGCAACUGUAGGCAUCAGCAGUCAUGAGUUCUAUGCUGAAAAAGACCGGAGGCUUGUCCUUCAAGCCAAAGGUCGCUCCUCGUCGACCAGCCGCCUCUUCCUCUCAAGCACCUCGUUCGUCUGCUUCUGCCAAUACUACACAAGCUCCCACUGCUGAGAACUCAUCGCAAGCUUCAACUCCCGCAUCUGCCGCUCCUUCCCCCGCCCCCUCGGUCGAACCUAGUCGCAAAGCAGCGCAGCCGCAAGAGGCCACGAAAGAAAUCACCAAGGAGAUAUCGCAGGAGGGAAUAUCGAGACCACAUAGCCAAGCUCAGAAAGCUCACAUCGUUCAACCCGAAUCCAGACCAGCAUCGACUCCGGCAGUAUCUCCCACGGUUGUCGAGAAGCCUUCCCAGGCACCUCCAGUCCCGACUCCGUCACCCUCAGAGAGUGCUUCACAGCCAACUACAGCACCAGUUUUAAACAAACCUCCUCAGCAACAGCUACCAGUUUCGAUACCAGCGACCCAACGAACAGCACAACCAACACCAGCACCAGAGACUACACAUUCAGAUAGGUCUACACCUACUCCUUCUUCGAAUACACCGGUUAUUGCUACCUCUCGACGUGCUGGCGCCCUAUAUACGCCAACACCAGAGCCCACCGCUCCAACACAAAUCAGAACCGCUCCCCCAUCUCCAGCCCCUGUUUCUGAUACGAUUGCUGUCUCUGCACCUGUUGACGAGCCUUCAACCAAUGCCCCGAAAAAGAGAAAGGUAUACCGCAAACGUAAAUCUACUGAAGAUGGCACAGGUGCAGAAUCUUCUGCGCCAAAGAGAAGACGGGCUCGCAAGAAUACUACAACAGAGGACAACGGAACAGCUCCGUCGGAAGGCGGAAGGGGAAGAUCUAGGCAACAUGAACGCUCUUCGUCUCCCGAAGAAGAUCCAGAGAACCAGACGGUCGAUCAUAGCAGUACAAAAAUGGGUGAACUAACUAAGGAUAUGGGAAUUGGAAAAAGAUUCAAGCAUGCAGACGCCAUUGAAGAGCGUGCGCGUGAGGCACGUGAGAGAUUUCGUCUAAAGCAACAGGCAAAACGAGCUCGACUUCUUGGGCUUGACCUUGAGGACGUAACCUCGCGCGCGAGUACUCCAGCAGGAGAUGGAGAAGGCGGAAGAGAGUCUGCAGCAGCCCGGGCUAGAGAACUGGGAGCCUCAAUCGGCGCAAACUCGCAGUCCGUUGGCUAUGAGGUUGUAGAUGGACAGAUUGUUGUCAACCAGCAAUCUCUUAUGGUAGACCGACACGCAGCCCACGAUAUGGGAACACUUGAGACCGUCGAAGAAGACGAAUUUUCCCGCCUCACCACUUCGUCAUCGUUCAGACGGGAAAGCCGUAGAACAGGAGCAAACCACUGGACGGACGAGGACACUGACAAAUUCUACCGGCUCCUUGGAAUGUUUGGAACCGACUUCGAGACGAUCUCGGCCAUGUUUCCGGAGAAAAGCCGACGGGCGGUUAAACUCAAGUUCAACCGGGAAGAGCGACUACGGCCGCGGUACAUCAACGCGACAGUCAUGGUUCGCGGCGAGAAGAAAGUCGACAUUGACCUCGAAGAGUACAAGAAGCACCAGCACGGGUGGCAGGAGAGUGAUAAGAUCAUGGCCGAGCACAAUAAGCUAGUGCGCGAACACAACGAGGAUAUCCGACGUCUUAAAGAGGAGAGACGCGCUGCUGGGCUUAUGGACGAGGAUGAAGAGGUGGAAGGUGGAGGAGAGGCAGGUGGUGCCCAAGAGGGCGAAGAACAAAAUGGCGAGCAGGAGAAUGCUGAGGAUGGCGAGGGUGAGGAUGAGGCCCAUGACGAUGGCAACGAAGAUAUCGAUGGAGAGAGUGAGCCUGUGGAAGAGAUGCCCGCCGGGGUAGCAGUCGAUGUCUAGACUACGUAGGUGACAGUUUCGAUGGUCCAGGUAACCGCACGCAUGCAAGCUUGUUUCUUGAUACCCCAUUUCCUUAGCUUGCAUGGUUAUCUGCUGGAGAGCUGGACGAUACUACCGAGGGCGGACGACAUGGAGAGUAUUGGCGCAGUGGGCGAGCAAAAGGGGGGACUACUGUAAUGCGUUCUUUCGAAGUCUCUAACGUUUCCUAGAACGUUGAGUUAUGAGUAAAUGCUAAAUUCAAGAUACGAUUUCCACGACUACGAAUGACUACGUUUUAGCC